UUUUUUGUUUCUUUUUCCCUUCAUUGCUCGAGGCCGAGGCGGUGCGUCCGACGCGGCUUCUCGCUUGGCCCUGUUGCCACCGCGACGAGAACAGCCGGAUACCUGGGUUGUUGACACCUUUACGCCAUGUCCAGCAGCUCCAACGUUGAAAACCUGCCGCCACAAGUGCUUCGGCAGGUGUCGCGGGAGCUCUGCGAGUUGGUUCGUCAGCCCCCGGAGGGUAUACGGGUCAUUGUCAAUGAAGAGGACGUCACCGACAUUGAGGCCACCAUCGAGGGUCCCCAGGGCACGCCGUACGCGGGAGGUGUCUUCAAGCUGCGCUUGGUGCUGCCCAAGGACUUUCCGGCAUCCCCUCCACGUGGUUUUUUCACCACCCGCAUCUUCCACCCUAAUGUAGCCAUCCCGUCUGGUGAGAUCUGUGUGAACACACUCAAGAAGGACUGGAAGCCCGACCUGGGCCUCCAGCAGAUCCUGCUCACCAUCAAGUGCCUGCUAAUUGCACCGAACCCAGAGUCUGCGCUUAACGAGGAGGCCGGACGCAUGCUGCUCGAGAGGUACGACGACUAUUGCAGUAGGGCACGAAUGAUGACUGAGAUCCACGCGCGGCCUGCCAAGCACAAGGGCAACUCACCACAGAGCAAAGCAGUCAAGAUGGCCAAGGAAAAGCGGCGCACGCUCAAGCGGUUAUGAUGGCCUACCCCCUUCUGCGACACCCCCUUUUCACCUUUUCUCUCCCACCCGCGUCUUUUGUACAUACGGGGCAGUUGCGCCGCUCCAAAGCACGGCCGCCGUGCGUUGCAGCGAAAACGGGGUGCUCUUCUUGAGAAAAAGUAAAAACGAAAACACUAGUCUCGGGCGGGAUUGUGCUGGCUCGAGGGCCAAGUUUCUUUGGUGCAGUGACUAAGCAUUCACUUCGGUGAGAGUAACCUAGUGGGUUCUUACUCUGAAAACUUCAUUUUCGUCUCUUUUGUUCCUUAAGAGAUGUGCCCACUCGGUUCGCAGAAUCGUCUCUGUCAGCUGGACCGGUAGCAUAGUAUCGCAUUGCCGGCUGCUGCAGUGAUGCAAUAUUGAUCGUAAAGCCUCGUGCUUGUUUGGGAAAGAGAGGACAUCUUGGGAAUGUCAUCAGCCACAUCUGUGAAUGGAGUCCCGCAUACGCCGCAUUUUUACAUGAGAAUGAGUGAGGGGUGUUUCUUUUGCUUUUUUUUUUCAUCGAGGAAAUAAAUUUUGUCUAAAACUUGCUCUCAGUAGAAUUAGGCACUUCAGGUUAAAUUGUCUGCAACUUCUGGGUGCUUGCAAAGGUUAGGAGCUUGUCCUUAGGCUGCCACUUUCAUUAUCGUCAGGGCAUUAGCAAUAAUACGCAGCGUACCUUUGAAGACACCGGGAUUGAGACUGUGCACGUGAGUUGCAACCAGUGUCGAAGGACAACACCAGACUGGUGCGUGGGCCACUAUAGUUUGGGCAGCAUUGUGUCAACUGUUCUCAAGUUCCAAAGGGCUAGGACUAUUUCUUCUCAUUAGGAAGUAUAUGUCAAGUUGAAAAAAAACAAAAACAAAACUAAGGACGAUGAAGGAAACUGGAGACCACAGAAAUGUAACUAAACUGCGCCCCCCCCCCCCCUCUUUUCUUUUUUCAAAAGACUAAGGCUCGCCUCUGCCAUUUUUUUUACUUCAGAAUUUUAGAUUUUUUAAGAUUUCUUGUCCAUUUUAGCAACAAGUUUUAACCUUGCCCAUGACAGAACAGUAGAUGACGUAUUGCGCCUUUUCUAAAAGCCAAGAGAACAUUCUAAUUCUGCCGAUGAACAGGCGGCAAAGAAUUGUCUGUAGUCUUUAGAUGUAGCGUGUUUCCAAAAGGCAGGUUUGUUCGAUGUAUUUCUACAGAGCCGAGAGAGGAUCGUUGCUGUGUGGACCAACACAGAAAAGGCAACACGUAUCGCAGCGACGGCUCUUUGGCAUUUCGCUGACUGCAAUCUUUCUGAUCUGAUAGGAGUAAUAAGAACGGCUAAGAUCAGUGCAUGCACGUUAGCUUUAAGUUUUGGUAUAAGUUUUUUUUUUUUUUUUCUAGGGGAGGGGGGGGAGUUAAAAAGUUAAAAGUUAAGGAAAUCUUAAAUUGGCCAUGUGACCAUGGAAAGCGUAUAUUUGAGCCCUACUCAAAUGUCUCGAUUGUUCAGCCACUUUCCUGUAGUCUUUGCGGUUUCCUGUGUACAUUUAUUUUUGCCUUGGUAUAUACUACCAAGUGCAAAAGCACCAGCUAAUUGAAGUGUUUUACAGAAAACUGCCUUCCUUUGGAAAAGCGCGAGUUUCUAUUCUUUGUUUCAGUGCAAAAAGAAAAAAAGUCACGAGUUCCAGCACAGUUUUAUAUUAGGUACAUCUUUUUGCGUUCUUUCUCAUUCUGAUGUGGCAGUGAGUGAAGUGUUUUUACGUGUGCAAACACUGAAUUCUCGCUGAACGUGUUUUAAGUUUUCACCUGCCUAAAGUUUUGGGGCUUAAAUGUUGUAUCUACCAUACAGAAAACUUGCACCUAAGUUAGCAACUACAGUCGUGGAGGUCGGUAGCCACAGUGUCCAUCACGGUCGCCCGAAGAAGACUCAGUUCUCAAUUCUGCACAGGUCAAAGAUGGGAAGGAUGCCUUUUCAAUAGUUGCACGACCUGUGUUUCAUGUUUCGGAGAGUUUCGUUUAAAGGAAAUUGCUUCUGUGAAGGGAGGGGACAACUGAGAAUCAUUAAAGGCAGAACUACAUUUCGUGUUCUGGAAACACUCUGGAA